AUGCCAUUCGAAAGAUCCCAAGAAAAUGAACACGAGGAAGAGAGGAAACAAUUGCUACAAUCUCCAGCGUUAAAAUCGACCACGACCAUGAAACAAGUGGAACAUAUCAUUCCAAAUUCGCUCUAUUAUCAAACAGCAACGAUCAACCAUUCCGUCAAUGAUCAUGGAGAGGAUGAAAAACAAGAUGAAAAUUCACUCAUUCAUGAAGAUAGUUCAUCUUCCGAUGAUGAUGGAGAAUCAGAUCAACCAUUCUCUCUUUGGAGAUUCCUAAAAAAAGCAUUUGUUUGGUUUACUUCUAGUCAGUUAUUGGCUCAUUUACUGUUAUUGACCACAUUGUUUACGUUUGGAGGUUAUGUUGUGCUGAUACCGCAUGCUAUCUUGUUAAUGCAUCCAACCAUCUUUGCAUUAUUUAGGUCGUUGUUAAUUGUGAUAGGAUUGUUUCCUGCUGCAGUUUUUACAAAAUUUUCAUUUCGAAAAACAAAGACACUCAAUCGACAAGUGACAUUUGUGGAGAAUAUUUUAUUUUGUGGAAGUACAAACAGUAGAUAUCAGUCUAUCAAUGAUGACACGUUAGAACUUGCCAAGGAAAGCAAAUAUUCCACUCGAAACAUUGUGAAACGAGUGGUACGGUUCAUUCUUUCAAAAAUUCCAACUUGGAAACAAUUUAAAAAGAUUUUCUGGUUGGGCUUCUUUAUUAACAUGAAUCAAAUUUUGUUCUUCUUGGGAUUAAGAUGGACCAAUGCUACCAUUGCUGGUAUCAUGCAGCCCAUGGUGGCCAUUAUUACAUGCAUCCUGUCCAUUCUUUUGAAAAGAGAAGGAAGAUCUGUAUUGAAAAUUAUUGGAGUCAUUGUUGCAGUGUUGGGAGCUGUUGCCAUGUUAGUUGUUUCAACCGUCCUGAGUGAUAAGAAAGCUCCACCUCCUCCAGAUGAUGACAAUUCAGCCACUAGUGGAUUUGCAAGCUUUAUUGCAACAUUUUCAUUCACUAUUGGAAUGCUCUUUUUAUGUGUGAAUAUGUUCUUCUAUGCUCUGUAUUUAAUUAAUUUCAAAAAAGUGUUGCAAGAAGAGAAAUUCCCAGUAUUGACAUUGGCAUUUUGGACUUGGUUGAUUGGAAGUGUUGUGCCAUUGUUACCAGCUCUCUAUUUUUCAUUGGCUGAUUUUGGAUAUUCACCUUUGCAAGUCGCUUUGAGAAUGGACAAGAUGGCAUACGUUGGAUUGUUUUAUGGUGGACUUGUUCAUGGUGCCUUGUUUUUCGUGUUGAACUCCAAGGCCUCGAGCUUGACCACUCCUACCGUGAUUGGAGUCUAUUCCACAUUGAACCCUAUUGUGACAAGUGUCAUGGCCUUUUUGUUUUUGCACGAGAGAGUCUCGCCGUUCGUCAUUCCUGGUGCAGCCUUUAUAUUGUUUGGAGUAACAAUGGUUAUUAUUGCCAAAUGGAGAGAAGGAAGGGCUCAGCAAAAACAAGCAGCACCUCGUUCAUGUUACGAUUGGGUGGCCAGUUAUUGUGGUGUGAGUAGGGGAAGUACCACGAGUCGUCGAAAGAACGAAGUCUUGAUGGCUUUACAAGCUUAG